UAGAUUCACUUGGGCCCACAAGUUCCGGCUCUCGCGCCACCGAGGGCGGAGCGGCGGGGCGGGACCUGCUGCGGCCGACCUCGGUUGCCCUGGAAACCACCUUAGUGCGCUUCCCGGGUCCGCCCCUCCAGGCUGUGACUCCCCUACUCUGGCCCCAAGCUUUGUAGCCUAAACAGGCCGGCGCCCCAGGGUACUGUUUGUGAGAUGGCAUUCUUGGGCCCCUGCAGCCAAAUGAACCCAAGUUGCUUCAAAGUUAAGGCAAGGGGCGAGCCCUUUGCCCAAUGCUAAGACCCAAAUUCUAGGUUGGCUGUCACUGAGCUUGGAAGAGGUCACGAAAGUGGGCAGGGGUGGGUUGGAACAGGAGGAUAACUACAUUUCAAGAUAGGAAUUUACAAGUAUUAGGGUGAAAGGGGAACAAAAGGGGUUACGUCUGUGGAAAUAAGUAUGCUUUCUGCAGGCCUACGCGGAUGCCAGAGAACUGAAGUCAAUUUUUGCUAUACAGUGUGACUGGCUUUACAGUUUUGACUCUCUUAUUUGGUUUUUAAAUACGUGAAGCAGAACUUUCAGAAAGGGACCUCUCGAGAAUUAAAAACAGCAAUGUGCCUGACACGUUGUAGCUACUUAGAAAUUAGUUUGCUGUCACUUUGGUUUUGAGGCUUCUUAAUUUCUUUGCUAUCUAUCCACUUUUGUGAUAACUCAUAUUUACUUAGUGAACUCCAUUGACAGCAUGUCUGUUCUGAAGUUGCUAAGACUAAGACGAAUGCAAAACGGAAACUUCUUUGCUUUGUUUUUAGUAACAAGAGGCUAGGUGGAUCUAUUUUCAGCAAAUAUUGACUUUUAAUCCAAUACUAGGCUAGAAAUAUUUCAUGUUUUACCACUUUUCUGGUCUUUACAUUAAUUUAUCAUAUUAAAAUUAAGCAAAUUAGGGAAGCUUGUACUAUCUGCGCUAUUAACUUUCUAAGGUUGUAUAAUUUUAGCUUUCCCCCCAUAACUUGAAACCUUUUAAUUAACAGGGUUUUAAAAGCCACUUAGUGCUUUAUUAGAAGUCAUGAACAACAACUAUUUACUCUUUGAACUUGUAGAUUUCUUCUAAUCCCCACCCCCACCCCAAACACAGUAUGCUGCAAAAAAAUCCUUAAGUGUAAAUCUUGAUUUUUUUUCCUUGAAAUGUGCUUAUGAAUUUUAGAUUAAUUCAUCCUACAGUGAACAUUAGAAUCACCUGUCUAUAGCCCUGUCUUGGCUGGACUGUGGGUUCUGUUUUCUGUCUACCCAGAGCCCUCUGGUCUAGCCUCAGUGGGAGCUCAGUGGGAUUUUUGUAUUCCUUCACUCUUGUAAGUCCCUUCUUAGUUCUAGCUUUUACUUUUGCUGCUGUUGCCUCUCAGAGAUUGCAAACCCAAACUUUUCUACAAGACUUGUUCACCCAUCUUAUGUUAGUUAGUGUAUGACCUGUUAAGAGAUACUUUCCCUGUUAUCCAAAAUAACUUUUCCUGUUACCAAAGCUCCCUGUAUCUUUGGUUUGAGGAUUGCUUAUAAAAGAGGUCUUAAUCAUAUUAACUAAUAACCAUUAGUUAAUAUUUAAUUAUUGAGCUUUUUUUUUUUUUUUUGGUUCUUUUUUUCGGAGCUGGGGACCGAACCCAGGGCCUUGCGCUUCCUAGGCAAGCGCUCUACCACUGAGCUAAAUCCCCAACCCCAUUAUUGAGCUUUUUUAGUGUUUAUAUGUUUGAUGAAUGUUGGUUUUAAUUUAUGUAAAGAAGUACAUUCUGGCGUUUUUCUUGUAUUUACGUAGCUAAUAAAGAUUAAUAACAGUGACAGCUGUCUUAACUUUUACUAAGGGCAUCUACAUGUAAGGGCCUGUUUUGAGUCUGUAAUAAGCUUAGUGUUAGUUAGAGCCAGUGUCCUAACUGAGGUCUGCCCAGCAGAUCUUUUAACCACACUGCCCUGCUGCUAUCUUUGAUUCUGUUCACUGACUUACUUGAAGAGCAGUAGUAAGAAUAUUGAAUGCUAGUUUGUCCAUUUCUAGAUAAUGUUGUAAUGGAAUAUUUUAUCGUUGUGAAUGUGUGUGUUUACACAUAUAUGCACACUGUAAAAUGUAUCAUUUUAUGUUUCAGUGUACAGAUCAGCAACUGCAAGUGUGCUUACAAAGUAGACAACUGUAGACAAUAUUAGUUUUCAGAACAUUUUCAAUAUCACAGACAGAGGCAUUACACCCACUUAAAAAUAUUUCUGUACCUCUCUUCGUGAAGACAUUGAGGUCUCCAUCCAACUUUGUUUGUCCUUGAGAAUUAUCUCUUCUAGGUACCUCAUAAGUAGAAUGAACUAACUGUUCCGUGAUGUGUAGCUUAACAAUUUACUGUGUUUACAAAGGUCAUGUGUGUUGUCGUGUGUGUCAGUGCCUCAUUCCUUCUUAUGGCUGGAUUUAUAUUGCCGUAUAUAGAACAGCAUUGUCUAUUUACUCCUCACUAGUAGAUACUUAAAGAUUUUUGGCUUUUGCUAUCGUGAAUAAAUCCCUGUGAAUAUUGGCGUAUAAGUAUCUGUUUGGAUUCUUACUUUGUAUUCUCUUGGGUAUAUGCUUAAGAAUGGACAAACCCCAAACAUUAUUGUCUAUAAAAUGAGAGCACAAUAAUAUAUCAAAAGGGAGUUGUAAGAGUAUAAAUUAAUUAAAAAAUAUUUAUAGGUCCUGGAGUUGGCUCCGUGGGCCAGAGCACUUGUUGUUCUCCAAGCCAGAGGUGGAGGAGCUGGGUUUAAACCCAAGCACCCAUGUAAAAAGCUAGGCAUAGUGACAGGUACUGCAGCCACAGCAUUCCAAAGGGGACACCAGGAGAUCCUGAGAGCGCAGAUGAAAAUGGGGUCUGCUUCUUUGGGAGCUCUUGUCUCAAAGCAUUAACACAGAGAGCAAUGAAGGAGGACACCCAACAUCCUGUUGUGGUCUCUGUGUGCGUGGACACAUGCACAUGCACACACUUAUUAUAAAUCCUACAGUUAUAGAAAGUUAUUGUAUAUUGUUUAAUAUAACCUUUGGAAGAAAUUGAUAAAUACUUGAAGCUGCCUAGCUUUCAAGUGCUAUCAGUUUCCUUGAAAGAUAAAAUCAUGCCUUUAUUUUGAAGUCAGGUGAAUGAUGAUUGACUCAUAAUGCGUGUGUGAAAAUUUGAAAGUUACUUAGCAUUUCUAAGUGUAGGUGCCUGAUCUGUGAAGUGGACCUGCAUUGUGAGAGUUAAGAAAAAGAUGUAGGAAGUAUAAUGCUACUAAGUAAUAUUCUGUUUUUCCUAGUUAACUGGUUUCACUUUAAUGUUUCUCACUGAUAAAUGUCAGAUAAUAAUUAUGCUAACUUUAUAAAUUUUAUAGUGUAGUGUUCGAAAUUCUAAGUUAAUAUCAAUGAAAGGUAUAUGACUCCAAAAAGAAUGAACUGCUGAGCAUACUGGACUCAGAAUGACACAUCGAAACAGGAUUUUCAUGUCAGUUUGGGAGAUCUUUAUGAAUGAUACCAUGUAUUGUAUAUGCCAUAUAAGAUAUAUGUAUACACAUUAUAUAUGUUAUAUAUUACAUGCUGUAUAUGUGUGUAUAUAUACUAUACACUAUGUGUGUGUAUUUGUGUAUGUCUGUAUGUCUGUAUGUGUGUAUGUCUGUCUGUAUGUAUGUAUGUUUGUCUGUGAGUGCUGGACAAGGCCAUAAGAGGUUGUUAGAUUCUCUGGAGCUGGGGUUACAGGUGGUUGUGAGCCAAGAUAGGUGCUGGGAACUGAACUGGGGUUUUCUGGAAGAGCAGUAAGUGGUCUUAACCAAUGAGCCAUCUCUCCAAACUAUACUUAUGUUUUAUGACAGUUUUUGAUAAUUAACUAGAGGUAGAAUACUGUUAUUGUCCUCUCCUAUUGUUUUCAUUGACUUUUACCAGAAUAUGUCAAACAUUGUGAAAUUAUUGUUGAGAAAAUACCAGCAAAGAACAUUGUAAGUAUUUUAUAGUGGUGGGACAUUUACCAAACAGUUCUGUUUCCUCAAGGCAGAUUUACCAGAGACACACACAGAAUCAGCUGUAGACAUGUAUUUGUAUUACUUAUUCAUAUUUAAAUAGUUCAUUUCUUUGAAUUCCGCAAGCAAGCAUUGCAUUUGGGGCAUGUGCUAAUUGCUUUUCUUUCCAUAAAGAACUUUAACUCUCCUUUCGCUUUCCUUUUCAUGGAGUUAUGGGACAGACUCAUCCGUCGCCUUAGCGUUGUUUGCGUGUUCAUAGCCUAACCGUUGUGUUUGAUGGACUACCCUUGGUUAUUUGUCUUUGAUAUUCUUCUCUUAUUGCUCAGACUCAUAACAAAAAGAAUAUUGAAUCCUUUUAUUCACCUAUAUGAAAAGUUAAUAUGAUGUUUGAUUUGCACUGAUUUUAAAAAUAGUAACUCUGGGGUCCGGGUGAGGCAUGCCUGUUAUCCCAGAGCUUAGAAUCUGAGUCGGGAAGAUCUGAAGUGUAAGGCAGUGUGACUUGAUGGUGGUGCUCUGCCUUCAAAACCAGUUAGACCUAAUAAACAAACAAACAAACAGCCCAAGAAGCAGUUCAUCCUUAUUGUCUUUAAAAACUUGUGAAUAGUGCAAAGAAGCAAAGAUCGCAUCUCCUGCAAAUUUCAUCAUGAAGAUAGCUUUUGAUAAAGUCCUGUCUUCCCUGGUGUCUGUGUAAACCACAAACACAGACACUGUCAACAGUUGGGUCAUGACUCAACAGGAUAUUCUGUAAUUAGCUUUGUCAGAGAACCGUAUGGUUUUUACUUUGUACUAAUAGAUGUGGAUUGUCUUUUAAAUACAUCUGUUUCCAUACAUGCGUGUAGUUUACAUGUAUAUACAUACUUGUUCACAUUUUUCUUUAGUGCAAAUUUCCAGAUAACUAGGUCUAGUAAGCAGAAAAAUUUGUAGACUAUAGAACUGAAAAUAUUACCUAUUUUUUAAAAAAAAAAUACUGGAGAUACCAUUUCCAAACAGCCUUCUCUCUAGUCACUCACUGUAUUUAGUAUCCACAGAGAGGAGUAGUUAAGUGAGUUGCUCUAAGAAUAAGCUCUAAGAAGUUGCUCCUGUCUGCAGAGUUGAAGCCUCCUUCACUCUCACCUCAGGACAGGUGGGGAAUGUUGACUUAAAGAGCUAUGUUUGUUUGCAGCUACUUGAUUACUCAGGCUGUUACAUUGAUAUUGUCUACUUCAGAAGCUGACUUUUGAAAUGUGUUUCUUCAUAGAAGCAAAGAUGUGUUAGGGUGCAUUCACCUGAAUGGCUAGUAGAAGUGUUUUCUGCAAAUGACAAAACUCAUCCCAAACUAAUUGACAUAAAAGGUGUAAAUAUAAACUCAUUGAAAGGCUACCUGUAAAUUUUGUGUAGAACUUAAAAUACUGAUUCAUCAUGCCACCAGGAAUUAGUGUUCCUUUUUGUAGGUCUCAGUUUUACUCCUUAUGGAUUGGGUGCAUGCACAGCCAUACUGGAUUUUUAUGUGAAAACUGGGGAUUCGAACUCAAGACCUCAUGGCUUCAGAGCAAACACUGUUAGCAAGUGGUCAUAUCCUGAACCCUCCCACCCUCACCAUGUAGAAAAAGCAAAUGGAGAAGAGCAGUAAAAGCGUCUUCCUCUUGCAUUAGUUUUCUGCUUCUAACUGGGAGGUCAGCACUGAGGUCUGGGUCAAGGAAUGAUAGAUCACAAAAGCCGAUCUGAGGAUUCACCCUCUUUUCCUACUCACUGAGUAUUGGGGACAGGGAGUAGUAUCUUGAGAAGUUUUCUGUUUGGUCUGUCUUCCUGCAAGUUAGACAGACAAGCAGUGCAUAUUGGGGAGGGAGGCACAGGGUUGCCCUGCCCAUCCCUGUUCUCUCUUGUCACCCCAUGGGCUUAUAGCACAGCCAGGAGAGUCCUGCAUUCAUGGUGCUGUUCUGAGAUCACAUUUUGUCAGUUUUUACUCACUGUUGAUAGUGGAGGUUAAAGCCUUCUACACACUCUUGGGAAGACUUUCUGCUUAUACUACUCUGAAAUCUUUAAAAAAUACUUCUAAAAUUUGUCUCUGAAUAGUUACAAUGUGAAAUUUCUCAUUGGUCUAAUUUCCUAGCUUUAAUAUUGAUAAAAUUACCAUCACCAUUUUGUCUUUAACUUACAGUAUUUCAGAUAAAUGGUAAGUGGAAUUUUUAGUAAUUACUAUCUCCUGUUGCUAAAUAUUUUAUUGACUUUAUUUUUUAUAGGAGCCCUUUAUGGGAACUGUUUUAAAUAUCCAUUUCAUUAAUGUGGAAAUUGAAGUCUAGAAGGGAUGUACAUUUCCCAAUGCUGUGUGGCUUGUGAGAAGUUUCAACAUGAGUUUCUCUUCCACUGUUUCCCCACUGUACAGUGCUGACUGUGGCCGGGACUUGUAUUGAUGAGACGGGUGACUGUAAGCUCAGAAUGGAUGUCACCACCCACGUGCAGCUGUUUACCUCUAAUUUAAGAUGAAGUUAGAGACAAAUUCACUUCCUCAGUUGUGCUGGCCACAGGCUAAAAAGCCGUGUCCCUGCACAUGUGGUGGCUGCUAUUGACGUGAGCACUGUUGCUAACGAAGUAUACAAGCAUAACUUCCCUCAUACACACUUACUGGCAAAGACAAUCGAAGGUAUUUCACUGGAAGAGUUUGACAAGCUAUCUUUCAAUAUGAUUUUAAUGAGCCCUCCAUGUCAGCCAUUCACAAGAAUUGGCCUACAGGGGGACAUGAGUGAUCGAAGGACAAAUAGCUUCUUGUAUAUUCUAGAUAUUCUCCCAAGGUUACAGAAGUUACCCAAGUAUAUUCUUUUAGAAAAUGUCAAAGGGUUUGAAGUUUCUUCUACAAGAGGGCUGCUGAUACAAACAAUGGAAGCCUGCGGCUUUCAGUAUCAAGAGUUUCUGUUGUCUCCGUCCUCUCUAGGCAUUCCAAACUCAAGGCUACGGUAUUUUCUCAUUGCGAAGCUUCAGUCAGAGCCUCUCUGUUUCCAGGCCCCUGGCCAGAUACUGAUGGAGUUUCCUAAUAGUGGAACAGUUCAGCCACAAGAAUAUGCAGUAGUUGAAGAAGGCAAGCUGAGAGUGAGGACAAGGGAGCCAGAUGUCUGCCUUGAUAGCAGCAGCACCCAGUGCUCUGGACAAGAUAGCAUUCUUUUUAAGCACGAGACUGCAGCAGACAUUGACAGGAAGCGCCAACAGGACAGUGACCUCUCUGUGCAGAUGCUGAAAGGUUUCCUUGAAGAUGGUGACACAGCUCAGUACCUUCUGCCAGCGAAGUCGCUGCUGCGCUACGCUCUCCUCCUCGACAUCGUUAAGCCCACCUCCAGGAGGUCCAUGUGCUUCACUAAAGGGUAUGGAAGCUACAUAGAAGGGACAGGCUCUGUGUUACAGACUGCAGAGGAUGUGCAGAUUGAGAAUAUCUACAAAUCUCUUCCUGAUUUGCCACCAGAAGAGAAGAUAGCUAAAUUGUCAAUGCUUAAACUGCGAUAUUUCACACCUAAAGAAAUUGCAAAUCUCCUGGGAUUUCCUCCAGAAUUUGGGUUUCCUGAGAAGACAACGGUGAAGCAGCGUUACCGGCUGCUCGGCAACAGCCUCAACGUGCAUGUCGUCUCAAAGCUCCUUACAGUCCUGUGUGAGUGAGAGACGUGGGAGAGCCGCUGAGGCGUCAGAGUAUGCCUCUAAUUCUAGACAGUCAUCCCAAAAUUCUAUCUUGAAUUAAUUCUUAUAAAACUCAACUAAAUUAUUUUAGUUGCGUUUUAGCGGGUAAUUCAGAGGGAACUUAAAUGUGCAUAUCUUAUUGUUUCCUUAAAUUUAUAUUACUGUAUCUGACAAACUUCACAUUGCUGUUUUUGCUUUAUGGGCAAAUAUUUUUUAUAAAGCUUUAAACAUGUACAUUAAAUAUUUUAUAUUUUGCUAUAAACAAAUUUAAGAAUGUUUGAAUUUUUGUAUGUAUAUUAGUACUUUAUAAAGUAUAACAUGAAUAGUAUGGUCCUUAGAAAAUUAUUUUUGUAUGUUAAUUUAAAAAUUGUUUUAUAUAACGUGGAGAAACUAACUGGAUGUAGACCUGGAAGCUUCAUCCCUUCUGCUAGCUUUCACACUGCUGUUCAUGCUGCUGCAAGCAAAUGUAGCCAUUGUUCUUAACUUGCUAUGAACUGCUACAGUAGUGACUGUCCUGCUAAGAUAUGCCCGUGAGGGUCAUGGGAAUGGCCAACUGCUCUGUGAUUUAAGACCAGAUCAAUGAGAUAGAAUUCAUACCUGGCCCUGCUAUCUGGUUCAAAGACCUGUGGCUGGAUAGGUCAUGGGCCCUAGCGGCUAAUCUACUAGUAUUCUGUUAAAUGGGCAUUGCAUUAAAUGAUUUCUGGUGGUUUAUUCUUCUACCAUAGAUUAGUGUUUCCCUCAACAUUCACCAGGUAAGCCUUUUGCAGUAGAUGGCAAUUCAGAAGGCCAGAGAACGGAGACUGCUGCGGGCUCAGCCCUAAGUGGGACAUGUCUGUCACUCUCCUCCCUACCGAGGCUUAGAGAUCAGUGCAGAGGAGGGAGCAAAAGCACUGUAAAGCCACAAGUGGUAGAUGACAUUAGGAAGACACUUUCCAUAUAGCAGGACGACUGUCAUGUGGACUCAUAGCUAGGUGACAGCAUGCAAUGAGCUUGAAUCCCAGACAGGAUCUCGGCAUGGAGCAGGGUAGACUGGGUACUAAGUCACACCCCUAGCUGAGAGGCUACCGGCAUUUGGUAGCUUCUAGGAGAGAAAGAGUCAGAUUCCUUUGAAGGCGUGAUUCCUUAUAUGUGGAGCACCCCCGGGGUAGGCUUAUAGUCAAGAAGAGUUGAGCAACACAGAUUGGACUGGACUUUUUUUUAAGAGGACACAAAGUUGGGUGGAUAGGGGAAGGAGUGUGAAUACAAUCCAAAUAAAUUGUAUAAUAUUCUCAAAGAAUAUUAUUUAAAAAAUUAGAAAUUGUUUCAUGACUCUUAAUAUAAUACUCUUUUUGUUAAUUUAUCUACCUUUUUAGACAAAUGUAUAUAUUUUAAACCAAAUUGUCAUCAUCCAACAUGGACAUCAGUCUGGAGAAUGUAUUAGAAAAAAAUGCUCAUAAAUUCUUAAUCAAGUCUUUGAAAAAUGCAGGUGACUUUUUUUGAGACAGGUUUCACUGGGUAGCCCUGGGUGGCCUGGACUAUCUAAUCCAGUCUGGCUUCUAACUGAGGGAUGUGUCUGCCCCAACCUCCGGUGUGCUAGCUAGAAUUAAAGGCCAGCAGUACUAAACCUGGCUUCCUUGUUAAUCUGAAGAUAAAACUUCAUUGUCCUACCUUCAUUUCACAUCCUUCCUUUUAGUUUGCUAUUACCAGGGUGCUUUUGCUUUGUCAGCCUGGGGGUUAAAUGUGUCUGUUGUUACAGUCUAAGGAAUAUGGCACAGCCUAUGUGGCAGUAGGGGUAAGGAAACCGUGCUGCUAUUUCUGUAUGGUGCUACCCCAUCCUUUAUAGUACCGACUCUGAACUUACCUUUUUCUCUGUGCAAUCAUGGCAUCAGUAAAGAACGGAUAAAUAAAGUGUGUUGGAGACAUAUACUAGAAUACCAGCAGUACUACCUGGAAUGGUUUUAUGAUAUGUGCCAUGACCAGGAGGAGCCUUGCCGAUCAUGAAAAGACAAGAGUGGUUUCUUUCCACUAGGAGUCAAGUUCAUAUAGACAGUAAGGAGGGCAGUGUUUGCAGGGCUUGGGAGGAGGGGAUGAGGAAGUCAGUGUUUAGCAGGUACAGAGUUUCUGUUUGCGAACAUGAGAAAGUCCUGAGGGUAGGAGGCAUUGCUGGUUGGACAUGGUGAAUGUGCUUAGUGCCACCAAACUGUACACUUAAAGUCUAUUAAGUGGCUAAUUUUAUAUUAUGUAGAUUAUACUGGAAUUAAAAAAAUUACUUCUGAACUCAGGUAAAUAUGGGUAUAUCGAAGCUAUAAGCUAUGUAUGUAUCCACAGUCACUGUCUACAUUUGUAUGUGUUUUUAAAGAUGAACCUCAUUAAAAUCUCAUAAUUAUAAUCUGAAA